CCGAUUUAUUUUUCUCACCAACCAAACACUAAUUUCUAAAAUUUUCUCGUCUCUAUAAAAUCUCUGCAUUUCUCUUCAUCCUUCUUCACACCAAGCCCACCUCUGUUUUUUUCUCUGCUCUCUGUAUAUCCUCAAUUCUGAGCUUCAACCUUCAACAAUGGCCGCUGAAAUUAACCAAACAAAGGAAUUCAUUUUCCGUUCAAAGCUUCCCGAUAUUCACAUUCCCAAUCAUCUUCCACUCCAUGAAUAUAUUUUUCAAAACCUCCCCAAUUACGGCUCCCGCCCCUGUUUGAUUAACGGCGCCACCGGCCACGUUUACUCAUACGACGACGUUCAGUUAACAGCCCGUCGUGUCGCCAGUGGACUUCACAAUCUCGGGAUUAAGAAGGGUGACGUCGUUAUGAAUUUACUUCCCAACUCGCCGGAAUUUGUUUUCACGUUUCUCGGAGCGUCGUAUCGCGGUGCUAUCAUGACGGCGGCGAAUCCGUUUUACACGGCGGUGGAAAUUGCCAAACAGGCGAAAGCUGCUAAUGCGAAAUUGAUUGUCACCAUGGCUUGCUUUUAUGAUCGGGUUAAGGAUUUGGCUGAAAAUGGGGUGAAAAUCGUGUGUGUUGAUUAUGCUGUUGAGGGUUGUUUGCAUUACUCUGUUUUGAGCGGCGCGGAUGAAUCCCAUGUGCCGUUUGUGGAUUUCACCGCCGAUGAUGUGGUGGCGCUGCCGUAUUCCUCCGGCACCACGGGUUUGCCAAAGGGUGUUAUGUUGACUCAUAAAGGGUUGAUCACAAGCGUUGCUCAACAAAUCGACGGCCAAAAUCCGAAUCUGUAUUACAAACGCAAUGACGUUAUCCUCUGUGUUUUGCCGUUUUUUCACAUCUAUUCACUCAAUUCGAUUUUGCUGUGUGGAUUACGCGCCGGUGCUGCGAUUUUGAUAAUGCAAAAAUUCGAAAUCGUUUCGCUUUUGGAAUUAGUUGAGAAAUAUAAAGCUUCAAUCGUGCCGAUUGUGCCGCCGAUUCUUUUAGCCAUUGCUAAGUCAUCGGAAUUCGAGAAAUACGACAUGUCGUCAGUGAGGGUAUUGAAAUCCGGUGGAGCACCGUUGGGGAAAAAAUUGGAAGACGCUGUGAGGGAGAAGUUUCCAACGGCGAUUCUCGGGCAAGGAUAUGGAAUGACCGAAGCCGGUCCGGUUCUGACCAUGAGUUUAGCGUUUGCGAAAGAACCGUUUCCGGUGAAACCCGGCGCUUGUGGGACGGUGGUUCGAAAUGCAGAGAUGAAGAUUAUUGAUCCAGAAACCGGCGUUUCGUUGCCGGCGAAUUCCGCCGGCGAGAUUUGUAUCAGAGGGGAUCAGAUCAUGAAGGGAUACUUAAACGAUUUGGAGUCUACGAAGAGGACUAUUGACAAAGAAGGAUGGCUCCACACCGGCGACAUUGGAUUCAUCGACGACGACGACGAGCUCUUCAUCGUCGACCGGCUUAAAGAACUGAUAAAAUUCAAGACGUUUCAGGUGGCGCCGGCGGAGCUGGAGGCUCUUCUAAUCGCUCAUCCCAAACUAUCCGAUGCAGCGGUGAUUGGUAUGCCGGACGAGCAAGCCGGAGAAUUGCCGGUGGCAUUUGUGGUGAAUGCGAACGGCGGCGAAAUCACAGAAGAGGACGUAAAGCAAUUCAUAUCAGAACAAGUGGUGUUCUACAAAAGGCUAAAACGAGUGUUUUUCGUCAACGCUAUCCCAAAGGCUCCGUCGGGCAAAAUCCUCAGAAAAGAACUCCGAUCACAAUUGGCCGCCGGUGUUUACAAUUAAACGCCAAAUAAUUUAUUAUUUUCCAUUUAUGUUUCGUUUGUGAAUUCAAAUUAUGUAUUUCGGAUUUUUAAGUAUAUUUUUUAAAAAUAAUAAACCAAAUAUCUAUAUUGCUUUA